UUUCCUAUUAAACUAGUAUUAAUAGUUUAUGGAGAUUAAUAUGGAUGUAUUUGAGAAUUCCAAGGAGUACAUAGCAAAGAAACGAGAAGAACUACGAAUAUUCUUUAAAGAUGGAAAUUUUUCAGAAGAAGUUUUGGAAAGAAUUAUCGACAAUGAAUUAAAACCUUUACAAAAUAAGACGGACGAAAAUCAGCCCUACAUUUCAGCUUCCGCGGACGGGGAAAUAAAGUCUGAAUACGAAGUGUUGACUGGUCAGCCGUUUACAGAGGUAACAGAAACCAGCACGCCAUUAACUACGGAGGAAGUAAAGAAACUGAUUGAAAGUAAUCCCAUAAUUCGUGAAAAAUCUCGACAAAUUCAAAUUGCAAGAACAAAUAACGAUAGUGGUGAUAUAUAUGUUCCUUUAGAUAAAAUAAACUUACCAUGUUACAACCAAAUGAUGGAUGAAUUAAAAUCAGCUAAUGGCGAUGAAAAAAUAAUAAAAGAUGCGAAUUUCAGAAAUAUGCAAGCCUUAGUAAAUAGCGCUAAUGCCUACGAAGCUUCUCUAGAUAAUGCGAAUAAGCCUUUAGUGAAAGAAUCAGACGAUGAAGCCUCCGGUAGUGACAGUGAGUUCGAAGCCAUUGACAAAGUAGUUACUGAGUACACCAACAAAUCUUAUGAAACGAGAUACCAAGAAACAAAAGAAAUGUUACUUGAACUAGCCGAUAAACAUGAUAAGCUUGGCUUGCAUGGUAACAACGAAAACGUGAGCGAACAAAAAAUUAAACAAUUAACGGAAGAAUACAAAAUUCUACAAGAAUCUUCAUCAGUUCUCCCUGAUAUUAAAAAUCGACGUAACAUUUUUGAAGAGCUUAAGGAAGAGUAUUCUAUUAAUGCGGCAAUGAAUAUACCAAUAGUAAACAAUCCAAUUAAAUUAAAUUCUUUCGAGGAUAAGAAAUCUAAUUUAAGUUACAUUAAACAAAUGAAAAAAGAUGAAGAAACCAAUUUAGACGAAGUUUUUUCUAAAAGUUUUGAAGGCAAGCUCAUGGAUACAACCAAAGUUUUAACAAAUAUAAAUUCAAUUUUAAGUGGGGAACCUAGUACUGAAGGAGAUAAAGAUAAUACCAAGGAAUCAAAAGAACAAAAUUCUGCUAUCUUAGAUCAAAUGAAGAAAGAAGAUAGCAAUAAUGUGGAUGACGCUGCGAAUAAUGGGAGCUCAAACAAUACUAAGUCAACCAAUGAAAAUAAUCAGUCAUUCGAUGACAGAAUGGAGCAAACAUUGCAUAGUGCUUUAGAAACCAUACUUAAUAUCGGAGACGAUGAAAACCGCGAAAACAAAGAUUUAGAAUUUAAAGAAAUGAAAAAUCUUGCACGAAAUCUAGUAGAGGGUGCAGAAAAUCUUAGUACAUUAAUAAGAUCAGAUAUAACUAAUAAAUUGAAUAGCAUGAAUGAGUUGUUAAAUGAUGUAAAUGAAGCCCUAGAAAACUCUAGGAAAUCUAAUAUUUUAUACCAAAAUCUUAUGAACGACAGAAAGAGUAUUCAUACAUCUGAUAUUGCCAAGAUACCAGAAGUAAUCGAAGGUAAUGAAACUAUUAAUAAUAGUGUGAAAUUAUCAAGCGAUUCGGUAACUUUUUCGCAAAUAGACGAUAUAAAUACAGCUAUAGUUGAGCUAAAUCAAGAGAUUAAUUGCCAUGAAGACAGGGUCAAUAAAAGUCAAUUAGCGUACGAAACACGACAGAAGGAGUGCAAUGAAUUCAUGAAGGAAGUUGAUAAAGUACUGGCAAAGUCACACAGAGUUCUUCAUCCAUUAGAACAUUCUGGUACGACAACGUUAAAAGAACACGUCGAGAAUCUUAACAAAGAUGAAUCACGAGAUUUACCUCAAUUUGAGAAACAAGAAGUAGAAAGAAAUAAACGUAUCGAUGGUCUCCUUUUUGAUAUCAAAGACAAAAUGAAACACAAUAAAGAAGUCUUAAGAUUGGCUGACAAAUUACUUAAUCGAGGAGAUACAAAAUACAAGACUUUAGGUGAAGGUUCUAUUUCUAAUACAGAAAAAGUUGAUACAAAAGCUCAAGGAGAUUACAAAAACGGAAACGAUGAUUUGGUUAAUUCAAAUAAGGAUUCUAAUAUAUCUGAAGUUCCCGCGAAAAUGAAUACGACAGUUUCUUCAAGAAUACGUGAAUAUGAACAGAGAAAGAAGGAUGCGACCGAGGAAAGAAGGCAAAAGCAACGAGAAUUUCAAGAAAAGCUGGAUAGAGAAAAAGAAGAAGCGAAUAGAGGUCCGCGGAUGACGAAAGAGUUUAUAAAAAAACACUGCAAACAGCAUAAACUGUACUGCACUCCACAUCUCAAUGAUAUUUUAUAUUUGCACUUCAAGGGCUUUGCCAAGAUUGAAAAUCUCGAAGAAUACACCGGUUUGAAAUGCAUAUUCCUAGAAAAUAACGGUAUUCAAAGGAUCGAAGGUCUGGACAUGCAGGCCGAACUGAAGUGUCUUUACCUACACUAUAAUGUUGUCAGAAAGAUUGAGAACCUACAGGGUUGUCCGAAACUGGAUACUUUGAACUUGGACCACAAUUUUGUGACAUGCAUAGAAAAUCUGGAUGUAGUUCCCGACUUGCACACGUUGAGUAUCGCUCACAAUAUGCUCACCACUGUAGGUGAUCUCCAGCAUUUGGCGACCUGUAAGAACCUCUCUGUAUUGGAUCUAUCGCACAAUCGACUGGAGGACCCACUUAUUGUUGAUGUCUUAGCUGACAUGGUGGUUCUAAAAGUUCUGGUACUGACGGGUAACCCGGUCGUGCGAAACAUACCUGCUUAUAGAAAGACUCUUACACUGCGCUUGAAGGAACUGUUGAACCUGGACAAUAGACCGGUCUUUCCACGGGAUCGCGCUUGCGCUGAGGCCUGGCAGCGCGGCGGAGUACAGGAGGAGAUCGCUGAGAGAAAACGUUGGAUAGCAGCAGAACACGAGAAGACGAUGAAGAGUGUUCGAUACCUGAUCAAGAUGCGAGAAGAGAAGAAAGCAGAGCGGGAAGCUAAGGAAAAAGAAGAGCGGGAGGAACUAGGUCUUCCACCUCAAGAAGAAGAUGUCCCACAAAUUGAAGAUGGUAAGGAAAACAAAGCUGAAGAAGGGACAUCGGAGCAAGUCAAGGUAAAGUCUGUCGAUGGCGUGGUAGAAGACAUGCUGACUGGUUCCGAAGCCGAGUCUACUAGUGAGGACAGCGAUAGUGACAGCAGUUCUGAUGAUGCAAAAGAAAAAGAUGCUUCAACAUCAGAAAUCCAAUGGUCGCCUAACAGUCAGACACUAGUUCAAGAGAUAGAUACAAAGCAAGAGGAUCCUCCGGUUCAGAGCGACUGCUGGGCCGGGUACAGGGGCGAUCUCAACAACGAUAACAAUGAUAAAUAUUCUUCGGAACUUACCGCAAUCAGUAAUUUAUUAUUCAAUCAAACCCCGCAUCAAACUAAGUCUGCGACAGACAAUACUAAAAUAAAGAUAAAAGAUGAAACAAAUUCCUGCGAAGAAAUUAAACUAAUUAGUGAAGUUCCAAGAGCUACUGCAAAGAAACCAUUAAUAGAAAUUAUUGAAGUCGAUAAUAUUGAUAAUAAAACGGAUAAAGAAAUGUCGGAAGAAGUUGAGUAUGAUCACAAUUUGGAUGCGAAACCAUUACCUGUCGAAAACAAUAUUAAAGUUUGUUCUAAAGACCUAGAAAAUAAGGGAUUAAAGAAUAUUUUUAUACAAGAAAUUAAGUAUGGUGAUACAGAGAGUGCUAUGGAUAGUGAUAGUGAAGAUGAUGAAGAUAAUUCAAAAUGUGAUGUCAAAGAAUCCGAUAACACUGAACAUAAAGCAAAUGUUAAAUCAACCGAAGAUGGAAAUAUCCCCUCAGUUGAAGGAACCGCAAAUAAGACAGAUAGAACACUGGAGCAAGGGGAUGGCGUAUCACUCCUGAAGUAUGUCCGUGGCGCCGAUAGCCAUCUCUAUGAUGACGAUGAGGACUUCACGCCCAGCGCGGAGGACUUGGAGAUCUUCGCCGAGCUGGAGAGAGAGCAGAAAGAGAGAGAUGCUAGAAUCGCCAGGGGAGAACCCGCCGUUGACCCUAUGAAGUUAUACGACAAGGCUAUAAUGGAGGAGUACCACAGAGAGCGUGAGUGUGUUCCGGCGCAUCAGGUGCAAGCCGACCACAAGAGCAGCGUCACCACGUACCGUCACGACAACGCCUUCGACAGGAUCGCCUACAGCCAGCUCACCGGCGGCGAAACACCGGACGAAAAGAAGGUGAAACUUACUAAGGUGCCGGGCGCCAUAUUGUUCCAGUAUGUGGAUAAUGAAGUACAGUAUGAAAUUGGCGAAGAAGUAAUUAACAAUACAGCGUCAUCAGAAGAUACUGUAUCUAUAAACUUGUCAAGUGAAAAUGAUUCAGCUGACGAAGAAAUUAAUUUACAAAGAGCUAAUAAGAAAAAGAGACCUGCAACCGCUGUCGCUAAAACUGAUACCAAUAAAGAACAAAGCAUUCAAGCUGAUUUUAAAGUAAACAAGGAUGAUGAAUUGUGUGAAUCGGAAGACAAAAAUGUAAUGAAAACUAUCCAAACACAUCAAGACGUUAGUGUUGGUGUUGACUCCAAUCUGGUUCCUUCACCUUUAGCGUCGACUUCAUUGACGGCGGCGAUGUCGCCGGCUGACCGCGACCAGGCCAAGCAGGACAUCAUUGAUACCAUCAACUCCUAUGAUGAUGAUAGGUUCCCAUCGCAAGGUACAAACUACGCGAACAUGUCAGAGAACGCGGCGGUGGAGCAGCGCGUGGCUUCAGAGAUCCUGGAGCGCACGCUGCGGCAUGAGGAGCGCGAGUUCUACCGCCAGCGCGCGCUGGUGACGAGCCGCGCCGGCAGCGUCGAUAACAGGACCAACGCCAUCAUCGAGCACAUCUCUGAUCAUCUCGAACAUGAGUAUACUUUACCGGAGGUAUCUCACAUCUUGGAGGUUCACAUGGAUGAAGCUGAAAGGCGAUGGCGAGCCGGCGAGUUCAUCCCCUACGCCCUGCAGGUCAGCCCCCCCACGUCUGAGGGGGAUGACAACGAGGCCACCCUCAUACCCAGCCAUGAAUCUACAUUCGAGGACACGCUAACUGAAGAUACGAAGGACAGGGAUGAAGUUAGAAUACUAGAAGGUAAUGAAUCUAUACUUGAAAUUGUUGAAGAAAAAUCUGAUAUUUCUGGAAAUGUAGAUUUGAAUGCGAAAAUACAAGAAAGGGAAACUGAAGAUAUGUUUGAAGAUUGUAUUGAAGUAGAUGCGAGCGUACUAACUGAUGUAGUUGCAGCAAACGAAUUUGAUCGUUCAGAAGAAACUCUUACACUUGAAAUGAAAUUAGCAUUGGGACAAGAGCCAUAG